AGUGGAUAAAUGCCACAGACUACGCUAUGAAUGAAAUGUCCCGAAGACAGCCUAUUAUCUCGUAUACUAGAAGGAUUUGGUGACUGAAGUGGAAACUACAACCAUUCUGAGAAGAAUUUAUACAUUAUAAUAAUGCAACAAUGACUACGCAAACGCAUGAAUUAAUCAUACUUACAACACUCAUCAAAUAAGGCUCAUAUACAAACUGUGUUCAACUGUUCAUGAUCGGGAUUACUAUUUGGAAAUUUAGGACUAAGCAAAUAAACUGGAAGGAAUACACCUUGAAUGAAGCAUUUCUAAAAGUCAGAAACAUCAGUAACAAUCUUGAAAACAUUUAAAAAAACAUCAACAAAUUGUGGCGCCGUUAAUCAUAUGCAUGAAGAGGAGUUGAAUGGAGGGGGCUGCUUCUUUAUUUUUCGGAAGGACGACAGAAACCGCACCGCUAGACUACCUAAAAAUGAAUUGAAGCCAGUCUCAACGUUACAACUGUUCCCUCCGGCUUAAGGAAAAGCAAGGAGCGCACCACUGAAAUCGAAGGCAGUAUUAGUUUGCCAAUUACCGAAUGAAUGAAUGAAGUCCAUCGCUUACGUUGAAGAGAAACUAAGAAAUAAAAACUACAGGCUUAUCCUGCAGAACAAGGUGAGG